AUGGCGACGGCCGAUGUGUCGUGGCGGCCGUCGCAUGAGACGUUGCUCGUGGAUCCGCUCGCAGCCGAGGAAGACCGCGUCCGGCAACUGCGCCUCCAGCUCCGCGAGACCAAACUGCAGCAAGCCGCAGAGCGCGCGAUGCGAUCUGAAGAUCACUUGUCACGGCAGCACCGGUCGUACCUCUGGGCGAUUGAGGCGAAGCGCGUGGCGGACGAGCGGGCGAUGGAGGCGACUGCGCGACGCCAGAUGCGCGCCGAGGAAAACGAGCGCCGGCUCGCGUGGAGCGCGAUCGCUGAAAGGGAAAUGGACGACGCGCUCGCGGCCAAGCUCGCCGCCCGCAAGCAGCAGCGCGCCGACGAGCGCCGGCUUCGGCGCCAGCAGCUCCACCCGGAAAAGUACAUGAGCGACUGGACCAAGGUACAUGAUGGCGGCGGCCGCUUCUACUACCAACACCGCGUCACGGGGGCCACGCAGUGGGAGACGCCCGACGAGACGCCCGCACCGUCGUGGGAGCUCGCGACCGAUGUGAACGGAACCGUCUACUACAUCAAUGCGGCGACUGGCGAAAGCGUCUGGGACCUCCCGCCGUCAAGCUGGACCGAGUGCACGGGCGACGACGGUGCCGUCUACUUUUACAACCCGCUCACGGACGAGAGUACCUGGACCCGUCCGUCCUGAGCCUGACACAUGAUUUUGUCCCAAAUCUAUCAAGUUGCGUGUUUGUUUCAACUGAGACAUGCCGGCGACGACUUUAAUGCUGCAAUCCAGCACGCCAUCCACCGACCACUACGUCGAGAAGCCGAGGCAGACGAGGUUGAUGCGGG